AAUUGAUCUAAAUAAAAAUUUGUUUUUUUGCGUCACGUUACAUUAACCAUAUUAAAAUACUGCAGAAAAAAGUGAAUUACACUGUCGGAAUUAUUAUUUCAGACGUGUGCGAUUGUAAUAAUUGACGAGGCCGAAAAUAGGCCAAGAAAAACAAUCGACACGUGUUUGUGUUGAUUGUAACGAAUGCGCGUAUUUAUUUGUUCGGUAUUAUUAGAUUUAUCUUAUCUUAAAGUCUUUUUUCUUGAAAAUUUCGAUUAAUUUAAGUUGUUUGCUAAUCUCACGUAAUUGCAACGCAUUUAUUUAAAUAAUUUGUUUAAUGUAAUGAUCAUUUCAAUCACCUUGACGAGCUUGAUAGUUUUGUUCUUGUUUGAUGUGCGAACGUUUGAUGCGCGCCCAAACCGGCGGAAAUUCGUCUUCAUUGUUGCGCCGCGUGUGGAAAGCGCCGAAAGCUCACGCGCGUGAGUUUUCCAUUCGUCGCCUGCGCGGUGAAAGCUUCAGUCGACGUGCAGCUUUCCAUCGUUUUCCACCUCCGGCCAAGCAUCCGAACUCACGCGCGAAAUAAAUUCAGUGUUCAAGUGAUAAUUAAAUCAUGUAAUAAAAAAGUAACUUCGCAAAAACUUAAAAAUACAUCAAUCAUGGACGAAGAAAUUUUUUUUAAUAAUAACACAUUGAAGAUAAACAUGAAUGCAAGUGAUAAUUAUGAAAUUCAUUGGGAUUUUUUAAAUUACUCGGAGUAUAACGAUAGUUUUUGUGAACCACCAAAGUCAUUGUUUCAAUCAUAUAUCUUAGUGUGGAUUUACUUCUUGUACGCGUUAAUGUUUAUUGUUUCGGUAAUUGGUAACGGUGUCGUGUGUUACAUUGUUAUCGCAACUCCUCGGAUGCGUACGGUGACUAAUUAUUUCAUCGCAAAUUUGGCCAUUGGAGAGAUGCUUAUAACAUUAAUGUGCGUGCCGUUUACAUCAAUUUCGAUCAUUCAACAAUACUGGCCGUUCUAUAACAUAUUGUGUCCGGUUUCGUCGAUGGCACAAGCUGUCUCGGUGUUUGUGAGUGCUUACACGUUGGUUGCAAUUAGUAUCGAUAGAUACGUGGCAAUUAUGUGGCCAUUACAACCGAGAUUGUCCAAGAAAACAACUGCGUUUGUCAUCUUCGCUGUGUGGUUAUGCGCUAUCAUCACUGCGUUACCUCUGAUAAUUGUAACACAAGCUGAGCAACCAGCUAGACACUAUGAAAUAUGUGAUAUGUAUAUGUGCAAAGAAGAUUGGACCGAGUUUGGACAGGACUACGCGAAUGUUUAUACGAAAACUCUGCUCAUCCUUCAAUACGUCCUGCCAGUGUCGGUGCUUAUCUUUACCUACACAAGUAUUGGGAUUGUCAUCUGGUGUCAUCGAAUCCCGGGUGAGGCUGAAGAUGGUCGCGAUCUGCGCAUUGCAAGAUCCAAACGAAAGAUGAUAAAAAUGAUGGUUGCUGUCGUGUUGGUCUACACAAUAUGCUGGCUCCCUUUGAACAUUUAUUUGGUUAUGCGCGAAAUGGGCGUAGAUAUAGUCCAUGAGGAAAUCGUUUGGUUGGCAAGUCAUUUAUUGGCAAUGUCGCAUCCAUGCUACAACCCUGUCAUUUAUUGCUAUAUGAAUAAUCGGUUUCGACAAGGUUUCAUGCAGAUUUUUGGCAUUGUACUGCCAUGUUGCCGGUCGGCAUGCUCCAGAGCCGCCAUGAUGAAUAACAAUGGCCGCUCACGCAUGAGCAUUCCACUCACAAGCAUAGGAGGGACGGACAGCACAAUUCUUCAUCGAAACAACACCUGUACAACAUACAUAAGCACGAGGCGGAGGACUGGCAAUAGCCUCGUUGGCGGCGCCGGCACCAACGGCACGCCAAAUCUUCGACUGCACCACCGCCCGACGAGGAUUCAGUUUAGCGAAACUGUCAACGUGAAUAAUCCCAACGGACACACACCGGCGGCUGUCGGUGGUGAAGAAACAUCGCAAUCUAAUAAUUAUUCAACUGGCAUGCCACCAGUCAGGUCACUUUCUGUAAUGAGCAGACAGUCAGCGAACAAUUCCGAAAAUGAGUCUCAACAUUUGAUUACGCGAAAAUCAUCGCAUAAGAAGGAGAAAAAUGAUAAAAAGGCCAAAAACAGUUACAACUUUAACGAUCUUAGCGAGACGGAGUUUCAUAAUUGCCAAAAAGUGAAUCUCUUAAACUAGACGACAAUUUCUUUAUCACAAGAUUAGCGUAUUCGUACUCGUAGAUUAUCCUAGGUGGAUAGUUUGAGUUUGAAUGCGGUAGACAGGGAAACUUUGAACACGACCGAAGCGUUGCCAACACGUACGUGCGCAAACAAACGCCACGACGAUAACGACCCUUUAUCAUCCCCCCAACUGGCCGUUUCGCAUGUAUACCAAGCUAUAAACUUAAGUAAGAAUUUCCAUCUAGUAUCAUCUAGUCUUCUAGUCCAUUACGCAUGUUUUCGUUCGCCUCAAUGUAUGUUAAUAAGCUCAUCAGGUGCGCACAAAUUUAGGAGAUUGAAAAGGACGAAAGGGUAUAUAUUCUGCGUAGGGAUAAGUGUGAUAUUGCGUGAUAAGCAGGACAAAAACUAACGCGAAACAAAAACACAUUGUAUUAGAUCAUCCUAGUAUUAUCACAAAAAACAAUAUGGAUAUAAAAAUAUCAUUAGAUUCAUUUUUUGAGCAAACAAUCAACCCGUAUUUACAGAAGUACGUAGAAUUAGUUGCACGUACAUUUAUUGUAUGCUAAAUGUUUACCAAUAUACAUAUUCAUACUUAAAAUUUAAACAUUUUCUAUACUUUUGCCAAAACUACAACUACCAUAUCAUUAACUAGAUAUUAUUGUCGUUGACAGUAUUUAUUCCAUCGAAAAAUGUUCAUAUUUGAAGAUUUUAGUUGAAAUAGCCAAGAUUGUAAAAUUAGUUCCGCAAUACAACGCAUACUUUGACAUAACUGCUACAACUAUCUGAUUAUAGGUGGCGCUACAAAAAAUAUAAUUUUUCUUGAAUAAAAAUUCAUAAUAUUUUGUGAAAUGUCAAAU